AUGGCUCUUCUACUUGACAACUGUGAGAGGAUUUUGCUCUCUUUGGACACACACAAAUCCGUUCCUGCACCUUUCCUUACCAAGACGUACCAACUUGUGGACGAUCCCUCCACCGACCACAUAGUCUCUUGGGGCGAAGACGACGCCACCUUCGUCGUUUGGAACCCCCCGGAGUUCGCCAGGGACCUUCUCCCCAACUACUUCAAACAUAACAACUUCUCAAGCUUCGUUCGCCAACUCAACACCUAUGGUUUCAGAAAGAUUGUGCCUGAUAGAUGGGAGUUCGCGAAUGAGUUCUUCAAGAAAGGAGAGAAGCACUUGCUGUGCGAGAUCCACAGAAGGAAAACCCAUCAGCAGCAUCAGCAUCAGCAUCAAGUACAAGACAUGAACUAUCAUAACCAUCAUCAGUUUGGACUCAAUGUUCCCCCUUUCUUUCCCUUCCACAACAGACUCAGCGUGUCCCCUCCCCGUGACUCGGACGAUUUAGCCAAUUGGUGUGACUCACCCCCAAGAGGACUUGCAAUUGGAAACUGUAUCAACAACAACAACAACUUCAUCAGCACCAACAACAACACUGUCACUGCACUUUCUGAGGACAACGAAAGGCUGAGGAGAAGCAACAACAUGCUCAUGUCAGAGCUCGCACACAUGAAGAAGCUUUACAACGACAUCAUCUACUUUGUUCAGAACCAUGUCAAACCUGUGGCUCCAAGCAGCACUUACCCUUCUCUUCUACUAUGCAGUAACAGCAACAACACAUCACCAAUACCCUCUCACAUAAAUAACGUUCCAACCGUUCAAAGACCGGUGAAGCAGUUUGUGGGGUGUUAUUCCAACAACACUAAACAAGCGCGUGCUGCGAACUCUCCUACUAACAGCUCCAUCACCAUUGUUGAAGAAGAACCUAGCAGUAACAGCUGCAAGACCAAGCUUUUCGGAGUCUCUCUUCAAUCCAAGAAAAGGGUGCACCCCGAGCACGGAUCUAACAAUCUUCAUAGUUCAGAAACAAAUAAGGCACGUUUGGUAGUGGAAAAUGAUGAAUUUUUUGGCUUGAAUCUCAUGCCCCCUUCAACUUGUUAG